CUGCUCUUCCUGCGACCACAAAGAGCGGUCCUAGUGCCCUCUACAUGGUCCUAGUGCCCUCCACAUGGUCCUAGUGCCUCCAUGUACCCUAACCGCCAUUAAACAGAAAACAAAGAAGAACGACGAAGCCAACUUGGAAGUGGUCCAUUGAAAGGUUGCUAGCGCGACCUCCUGUACUGUAGAAUGUAGUAUGGACCAUAGGACAGGACGAAGAAGUCCCGUUAAGAAGCUGUGGAGGCCUAAGAUGCUCUACUAGUUUGCUGGAAAUCCAAAGAAGACGAAGGAGUAAAAAGCAAAAUGGCGUUUGACAGAGAAGGCCUAAACGUGGCCACUGGCCAUUAUUGUUUCUCUAUUUGUAUUUAGUGCAUACAUGUACGCAUAUAUGUCGUGUAGUAGAUGAAACAUUGUUAGUCAUUGUUUGUAUCCGGAUACAUUAGUCUGAGCGCACUUUAUGUGCUAGCUUAGCUUGCUAGUUAGCUUAGCUUGUUAGCUGCUAACAAAGAGACGCGGACGUUAUCAACACAUCGCUAAGUAGAGAUCAAAUGUGAGUGUCAAGUGUUGUGAUUGUGUGAAAAUGUGCGAAAGAACGAUAGCAAAGUAUGAGGAGGAACUUUGUCCAACAAAAGAGGAGAAGGAGCGACAACAUUAACUACAGGACGCUGUUUUCAAGAAACAUCAAGUUGUGUUACACAGAACAGACGUCCAGCAGCCCCCCCACAUGAAAGAGGAAGAGGAGGAUCCACAGCCCCCCCACAUGAAAGAGGAAGAGGAGGAAGUGUGGAUCACUCAGGAGGGAGAGUGUCUUCUAAGGCAGGAGGAGGAUGACGUCACCAAGUUUCCACUGACUGUUGUCUCUGUGAAGACUGAAGAGCAUGAAGACAAACCACCUGAGUCCUCACAGCUUCAUCACAGUCCAAACGUCUGUGAAGAACAAGUUCUGCCUGAAAAACAGGAGUGUAGCUUCAGGAUGGUGAAGGAGGAUCCAUCAAAGAGGAAGACCAGGCGCCACGGACCCCCUGGCAUCUCUUUUUCCUCUUUGACACAGACCCUUCCCUGUAAAAAGGAAGAGGAAGACUCACUGACACCCCACAUUAAAGAGGAAGAGGAGGAACACGACAUCAAUCAGGAGGGAGAUGAUAUUGAAAGACCGGUGGAGUUCCCAGCGAUUGGUGUCCCUGUGAAGAGUGAAGAUGAUGAGGUCAAAGGUGAAAGUGAGGAGAAGAGAGAGGCGGAGCCUCCAAGCAGCAGCUCAACACAACACAUGACAACAGAAGCUGAUGGAGACCACUGUGGAGGAUCACAAGCAGACAAGCUCUUAGCUCCACUAUCAGAUAGUGAGGACACAACGUCACACCCUCCUGACACUGAUGAUGAAGACUCUAAAGAUGAUAAGACAUGUCACACUGACAACACUCACUUCAAAUGUUCUCACUGUGACAAAACCUUUAAAUACCACUGUCAUCUGAAAAGACACAUGAGAAUACACACUGGAGAGAAACUAUUUUCUUGUUCAAUCUGUGGCUUAUCUUUUACAAGAAAGCAAACUAUGAUAGAUCACACGAGAACACACACCGGAGAAAAACCUUUUGCUUGUUCAAUCUGUGGCUUAUCUUUUACAAGGAAGGAAAGUAUGAAAGAACACACAAGAACACACACUGGAGAAAAACCGUUUUCUUGUUCAAUCUGUGGCUUAUCUUUUACAAGGAAGGAAAAUAUGAAAGAGCACACAAGAACACACAAAGGGGAAAAACCUUUUUCGUGUUCUGUGUGUGAUUCAAGGUAUGUACGAAGUCGAGAUUUGAAAAAACACCUGAAAAGACACACUGGGGAAGACGUUUUUAAAUGUUCUGUGUGUAAUUCAAAUUUUGUCCGAGGUGAACAUUUGAAAAUCCACAUGAGAACACACACUGGAGAAAAACCUUUUUCUUGUUCAAUCUGUGGCUUAUCUUUUACAAGGAAGGUCAAUUUGAAAGAUCACACAAGAACACACACUGGAGAAAAACCUUUUUCUUGUUCAAUCUGCGGCUUAUCUUUUACAAGGAAGGCCAGUUUGAAAGAUCACACAAGAACACACACUGGAGAAAAACCUUUUUCCUGUUCAAUGUGUGAUUCAAGUUUUGCACGAAGUCGAGAUUUAAAAAGUCACAUGAGAAAACACACUGGAGAAAAAGUGUUGAGUUGCAGUGUGUGUGAUGAAAGAUUCUCUCAUGAGUACCAACUUAACAAACACAAGUGUGCUGGUGAGAACAGCAGCAGUAAAAUAGAAAAGCGCUCGGCAGACCUCCACCAGGCCAAAUCUCCCAGUAGUAAAGAAUCCUUCAAAAGAAGGCUGAAUCCAACUGAUGAUCAGGAUCAACACCCAAAUCUAAUCACUUGUUCCUUAUCCCAUUUCUGACAUGUCCUGAAAGUUUCAUUAGCAUCUAACUAUACUUGUUUUGUUAUGAUUCCCCAACUAAAUGACAAUCAAACAAACCCCAAAUCACUUUUAGUUACUUUUCAAUCACUUCAAUCACAAACAUGUAAAUAUGUUUCUUAGUUACACAUCCUGGAAAACAACAUCCACACAACAGUUUAUAUUUAUUAUUCAUUCUUACUUAUAUUUUUAGUCGUGUACUAGCACAUUAAUGUGUACUUCUGCUAAUAUUUAAGAAGUGAUUAUGAUGUUAUGGUUCAGUGUGCCCCUUCACAGGCUUGCUGUCUCCAAAACAAGUCUCCACCAUGGUGGUGCCAGCAGUCCUACUACUUGUACUUGUACACUAUACAAUAUAAUUAUGCACACCUUUUGUAAGAUAGGCAUUUUUGUUUGUACUAGCAAUUUGAAACCAGCGCUGUAUCCUUUGUAUGUGACCUUGUAUAAUAAAAUGUCUGUCUUUUAUGA